AUGGAUGCACUUCUCCAACUUCCGCAGAAACUGCUCUGGAUCAUCUAUGAGAAUUUCGAACAGACCCCUUUACCAAUUCUCCUCAUUUUAGCAAUUACAACGGCUGUCACUGUUCUGACUUCGAUAUAUGCUGCGGUAUAUAUACUAGCACCUACUCCGCGACCUCCGUUUUCUUCAGAGAAGACAUACAUAACUACUGCCCCGGAUGGAUCAACCACAGGCCCAAUUUCUCUCCCAUGCUGGCACGACGAAUGGCUAUCCCACCGAAAGGAGGCAGAGAACAUAAAGGAUUUCUCAGAGAAGCACACUGGCGAUAUUGAAGAAGCACAACUGGAAAUGAGUGUAGUGAUACCCGCAUACAAUGAAGAAGAACGGCUUGAGAUUAUGUUAGAGGAAGCAGUACCAUUUUUGGAUGCAGAAUACGGACGUACACCAAAAGCCAAGGGAGCUUCCCAAGGCGAUGCGAGUGGUAUGGGUGGCUACGAGAUUCUGCUUGUAGAUGACGGGAGUAGAGAUAACACCGUGGAGGUUGCGCUCGCAUUUUCUAGGAAACACAAGCUACAUGAUGUGUUGCGAAUUUGUAAAUUGAAGGAGAAUAGAGGCAAAGGAGGGGCUGUCACUCAUGGAUUAAGACACGUGAGAGGUGCUUUUGCGGUGUUUGCAGAUGCGGAUGGAGCUUCUGCUUUUGCAGACCUUGCAAAACUGGUAGAGGGGUGCAAAGCGGUAGCUGAUCAGCCAAACCGUGCUGUUGCAGUAGGAAGCAGAUCCCACCUUGUGGGUAGUGAAGCGGUUGUCAAGCGUUCUGCUAUACGAAAUGUGCUGAUGCACUCCUUCCAUGCGCUGCUCAAGAUCCUCACCCCUCCAGCUACAUCACGAAUUCGUGAUACUCAGUGCGGCUUCAAACUAUUCUCUCGGGCCGCUCUGCCCCAUAUUGUUCCUUACAUGCAUGCUGAAGGCUGGAUCUUCGACGUUGAGAUGUUGAUGCUCGCUGAGAGUGCGCCGCCAGGAAUCAUUACUGGCAAAAAUGGGGAGCAAAUUGGUACCACGCCCGGGAUUCGGGUUGCAGAGGUACAAAUUGGGUGGAAAGAGGUUGGUGGGAGCAAGCUGAAUGUGAUUUGGGACAGUCUGGGAAUGGCGUGGGGAUUGGCCUUGCUGAGAGCAAGUUGGAUGGCUGGUGUGUAUAGAAGACGGUAG